AUAUCAAUAUCAAACAGAAAAUAAGCGCGUAAAAAUUCUGAGAAAUACAUUUGUAUUUUAUGGUUUAUGUAUGUACACUAAACGUGUGAAGAAAACAGACUGACCUCACUUGAUCACGAGAAAUCUUUGGCAUCUAGCCAUGCAAACUAUUAUGGCAACAGUACUUUGGUUAUAAUACAAUAAUAUUUGUUGUGUGAUGACAUAAAUAUAAAAUCAACGACUUGACGCUUUUUAGAUCGCCACAGUACUUCGUAGUAUGCUAAUGUGUUUCAUUAUUAAAAGAAAACAGUUCGAUAGUAUCGUGAUUCUCAAUGUACUAUUAUUUUGAAUAAUUAAUCGUUUUAUAAUAAUUUAAACACUUCAUUUAUUUGUUUAAGUGAAUUCUUUUAAAAAAUAUUAUUUUUUUCUGCUUCGUUAAAAAGUAUAAAGAGUUACAAAUUAAAAAAAAAAACAUGUACAUUUAAAUAUUCUUCUUAUUAAUAAAUAUUAGUUAAUGGCAAAACAAAAUAUUUAUUAUAUUUUUUCGCAAAAGUUUGUAUUAUUUACAAUUAAUAGAGAAUUUGAUUGAAAUUGUCGAUAAUAAAGUCCGAUGAAUUAUGUACGAAGUUACCGUGGGACAUGAUCCACAGACAAGUAACGGUAAUCAGUCGCAACAGCAAUUACAAGGCAGUGGAUGGAAUGGAAUUCCAGAAACAACAUUGGUCUCUCGAUCAAUCAGAAGCAACGGCAACAGCAACGGCUGGAACCCAAUUACAUCGCCGUUCCAACGUCAACCGGAACAACAACAGCUACACGAACGGAAACAGAAAGAAAUUAAAUCUGGGGAUCUGGGCGAUGAUGAAGACGGGGGUGGAGGGGGUGGAGGGCUGGAGGGGACGGACCCAGAGGAGAACAACUCUGUUCACCUCAAGAGACGGGUGGGACUCGUCAGUGGGGUGGCUCUAAUCGUUGGUACCAUGAUAGGUUCUGGGAUAUUCGUUUCGCCGUCAGGGCUUUUGGUUCGAACCGGCAGUAUCGGAAUCAGCUUCCUCGUAUGGACGGCCUGCGGCAUGUUGAGUCUGUGCGGUGCGUUAGCAUACGCCGAGCUGGGUACGAUGAAUACGAGCAGCGGCGCCGAGUACGCUUACUUUAUGGACGCAUUCGGUGCACCACCUGCUUUCCUCUUCUCGUGGGUUUCCACUUUGGUCUUGAAACCAUCUCAAAUGGCAAUAAUCUGUUUGUCGUUCGCACAGUAUGCGGUUGAGGCCUUUGCGGCCGAUUGUGAUCCACCCGAGGAAGUCGUCAAAAUCGUUGCGCUUUUGGCGAUCAUACUUAUAUUAUUAGUAAACUGUUACAGCGUUAAUCUGGCCACAGGUGUACAAAACGCGUUUACUGCAGCCAAAUUGAUCGCCAUACUUGUCGUAAUUGCCGGUGGCUCUUAUAAGUUGAUACAGGGUAAUACGCAGCAUCUCAAAGGCGCUUUCGAUACAUUCGACGGUAGUACCGUUAAUAUAGGCAGAUUAGCCACUGCUUUUUAUACUGGUUUAUGGGCGUACGAUGGAUGGAAUAAUCUCAAUUAUGUCACUGAAGAAAUCAAAGAUCCUUCGAAAAAUUUGCCACGUUCUAUUAUGAUUGGUAUACCUCUCGUCACGCUAUGUUACGCAUUGAUAAAUGUUUCUUAUUUAGCCGUAAUGUCACCUUCAGAGAUGAUUGAAAGCGAGGCUGUUGCAGUGACUUUCGGAAAUCGAAUUCUUGGCGUUAUGGCAUGGCUUAUGCCGCUCUCGGUUGCGAUUAGUACCUUUGGUUCCGCAAAUGGUACUCUUUUCGCAGCAGGUAGACUUUGUUUCGCGGCAUCUCGAGAAGGCCAUUUACUCGACUGUCUUAGUUAUGUGCAUGUGCGACGUUUUACUCCUGCACCUGGACUUAUUUUUCAUUCCCUCGUUGCAGGAGCGAUGGUAAUAUCUGGAAACAUUGAUUCCUUGAUCGAUUUUUUUUCAUUCACUGCUUGGAUCUUUUAUGGUGGAGCAAUGUUAGCUCUAUUGGUGAUGCGAAGGACCAGACCGAAUCAUCCACGACCAUAUAAAUGUCCGCUGAUAAUACCUGUCCUCGUACUUGGAAUUUCUGCGUACCUGAUUAUAGCGCCAAUCAUUGAUAAACCUCAAAUUGAAUACUUGUAUGCGGCUGGAUUUAUAUUAGCGGGCAUGCUUGUCUACCUCCCGUUUGUUAAAUACGGAUAUGUGCCCAAAUUUAUGGAUUAUUUUUUUAUUUACAGAAGGAGUGAAUGCUUUCCUUCAAAUGUUACUCGAAGUUGCACCAACAGCUGCAGCUUUCGAUUAACUUCAAUCAAAUGCAAAAGCAUGAUUUUUUAAAUGCCAAAUCAUUCCAUUUUAUGGCAUAGUAAACAUAAUAUGAAUAUCUAUUUUAAAUAUAAAUAGAUAAAGAUGAAUAGAUAAAUAUAUCCUCUCAUUGAAGCUCAAGGCUGGCCCAAAUGAAUUCACAAAUAUAUAAAAAUAUUAUUUUAUUACUUGUUAUAAUAUAUAUUGUCAUAUAUACAAUACAUAAAAUACAUUACUGUUAGAUAAUUAGUUAAUGUUGUAACUAUUAAACAAAAUAACUAAAAAUA